AUGACGUGGGGAGGCGUCAAGAUCGAGCGAGACGAAGACGUGGCGCCGCCCACAGAGCCCGAGGACCGCUGUCCGUUGCGGAUCCGCGUGGCCACGGCGUCGCCUUUGUCGUCGAAACGGGCCGCUUGCUGCCUGGAAGACGCGCUCGAGAGCAAGAAGGACGCGUCGACAACAAGUGGCGGUCUCGAAAGGCCGCGAAGAGAAGGGGACGCGGCGCUGUUUCUCGAAAAGACGUACGCGCUCUUGGCCCGGUGUCCGCCGGAGCUCGCGAGCUGGACGGCCCAAGGCGACAGUUUUGUCGUGAAGCAGCCUGCAGAGUUUGCGGAGCACGUGAUUCCCGCGUACUUUAAGCACUGCAAGUUCAGUUCGUUCGUGCGGCAGCUGAAUCUGUAUGGGUUCAAGAAAGUGCGGACGGUGGGAGGAGCUGUUGGGGUGCUGGACGGGGCGAUGGACCACGCUGGAAGCAGCAGAGGAGGACUCGUGACUGAUGGGGAUGCUGCUGCUGCUGCUGGAGCUCGACAAGACUCGAGCGAGUGGUGGGAGUUUCGUCACGACCGCUUUGUGCGUGGUAGACGAGAUCUGCUCGGUGAGAUUCGAAGACGCUCGCCUUGUGGGGCGAGGGCCGUGACACCUCGGACGUCUCUUGGUUCUGCUGCUGCUGCUACUGCUGCUGGUGGUCUGAUGAGUCCUGUGGAUCGUGUGGAGUUUGAAGACCUGAAGUUAGAAGUUGGCGGACUGCGGGAUGAGAUGCGCAAGUUGCACUGGACGAACCAGCAGCUCACGGGGUUGUUGCAAGCGCUGCUGCAGCGCUGCCGUUGUGCCGAGCAAGAUGAGAACAAGAGUGGCGAUCGACAUGACUAUACCCAGCAAGCUGCAGCCACCUACGUCGCUUCUCCAUCUGUUGCAGCUCAAGGCCAGCGCGUGUCGCUGCCAUCGAUAACGAUACCAAGUUCAAACACAAGUGCCAGUGUCGUGGGACCGCAAUUAGCUCUACUGCAGCUACGUCAGGGACAUCAAGGACCGAAUUCACCACGUGACGGUAGUGUCCGGACCCCUCGGACUCCUGGUUCAGGACCUUUUCAGCUGCGACCGCUGCAGACGCUCAUGGCGAAUCGAAGCCCGGGCUGUCGACACGCUUCGAGUUCUCGACUGAAUCGUAGUUUCGUGGGCACGCCUUCAUACGGUCAGGAACAAUUGGACAGGGGCCAACAGCGCUGGUUUCGACAUACUUCAUCACAUGGCCAGCCAUCGCCGUCAACAUCUCGCUCACCGCUGAAGCGUUUACGCGUCGAUUCUGCUACUUCUGUUUCGGAACCUCCGAUAAGUUACGGCGUGUACUCUCCGGAGGACAUGGCUGUUCGUGAGCUGAGUCGCAUUGCCUCGGAGAUCCGAAGUGACUUACUAGCUUGUAUCACGGCACGUAUUACAGGAUUUUUACGCGUGCACUGCAACCAAGCCGAUUCAAGACGAGAUGCUGAUGUUGAUGCUGUGGGAGAAGCUGUAGGUUCGGAUAUCCGUUUGAAGCUGGGUCAGUUCCAGACCACUUCUCAAUCCGAUCCAAUGCUCUCGGAUGUGGAAACAAUGUGCAUGUAUCGUGUGGAGAUUCUCAAGUUCAUCUCGCGCGAGUUGCCACGUGCUGUUCAAGAAGCGAUUGACAAGAGGAUGCUACCACCUGAAAGACUAAAGCAGCGCUCGGCAAAAGAUCGGUCGCAGUUGGCUUUGUUGGUGCAAAAGGCACAGAAAGCACUUGAACAGCAAAUGCACACGGAGACUUCUUUGUAUUCUACAGGACGUCGAUAG